UGCAAAAAUCAGACAACGUCCUCUUCCCAGCUAAUUUGAAUUGCAAAGUAUCUCAAAUACCUAUGAUUUACAAAUCGGGUUGGUUAAACUCCACUCUUUUUUUUUCCUGAAAUUAUGUUAUGUAUGUUAACUUUCUUCCCUAUUGAAAAAUAUGUAAGUACAUAAAUUAAUCCUAUUUUCUAUUUUCCUCUUAUUUUUAAGCUACACUUGUUAUUGCAAAGAAGGGGAAUGAGGAACUUUCAACUUCUCUUUGUUCUUCUAUUACUAUCAUUCUUUUUGUCACAAUGUUAUGCCCAAGAAUCUUUUCUCCGCUGUAUUUCUAGUCAAUUUUCUGAAAGUAACAGCACAGGAGUACUUAUGUAUGCUCCAAAAUCGUCAACAUAUUCAUCGAUGAUCGAACAUGCUCAGAAAAAUCCAAGAUGGUUGAACUCUUCAUCAGCACAUCCGCUUUUAAUUAUUGUGCCUCGUAAAGAAAAUGAACUUAAGCCUGUCAUUCUUUGCAGCAAAAAGUUUGACUUGCAAAUUAGAGUUUUGGGUGGUGGUCAUGAUUAUGAAGGUCUCUCUUUUCGCGCUGAAUCGCAGUUUAUCAUGAUUGAUAUGAGUGAUCUAGAUGAAAUCGAUAUUGAUUUAGAGGAAGAAGUGGCCUGGAUUCAAGCAGGGGCAACGUUGGGAAAAUUAUACUAUGACAUUGCUAAGAAAAGCAGAGUACAUGCAUUUCCAGGAGGUAUAUGUUAUACUACUGGCAGUGGUGGGCUAAUUAGUGGUGGAGGAUUAGGUUCUUUGAUGAGGAAAUUCGGGCUUGCAGCAGAUAAUGUUGUCGAUGCUCGUGUAAUGGAUGUUAAUGGAAGAAUUCUUGACAGAAAAUCAAUGGGAGAAGACUUUUUUUGGGCCAUAAGAGGAGGUGGAGGUUCAAGUUUUGGGAUCAUUCUUGCUUGGAAACUCAAGCUGGUUCAUGUCCCUGAGAAGGUUUCUGUUUUCAGGGUUCAUCGAAUGCUCGAGGGAAAUACUAUAAAUCUCCUCCAGCAAUGGCAACAUACAUCAUAUUUACUGCCUAAAGAGUUCUUCCUUAGAAUGAUAAUGCAAAAUGAUGGAGAAGGAAAAGAAAGGAAAGUCAAAGUCACAUUUGAAGGACUAUUUCUUGGGACAGUUGAUGAGUUAAUUCCAAUUGUCAGCGAUAAAUUUCCUGAAUUUAAUUUGGAACACAAAGAUUUCUUCCAGGAACCAGUAAUAAAUUGCACUGAGAGACCUUGUUUGAAGAAAGAAUGUCAUGAAGUUCCCUGGAUCGGGUCGGUCUUGUUUUUGUACAACAAAGAAGUUGAUGAAUCACUUGAGGUCCUGUUGGAUAACAGUGUUCCUAUAUAUAAAAAUUACUUCAAGGGAACAUCUGAUUUUGUGAAGACUCCAAUUCCUGAUAAUGGUUGGAAUAUGAUUGAAAGAUUGUUUCUUGAAGAGGACAGGCCUAUGAUAAUAGUAGAACCAUUGGGUGGAAGGAUCGAUGAAUUUUCAGAAUCUGAACUUCCUUUUCCUCACAGAAAGGGAAAUAUGUACAACAUUCAGCACUUAGUGAAUUGGAACGAUAACAGUGAGAAUGUAUCGAGCAAAAAGAUUGGAUGGAUGAGAAAAUUUUACAAGGAAAUGGAGCCAUUUGUUGCCAAUUCUCCCAGGACUGCCUAUACCAAUUACAGGGAUCUUGAUUUUGGGACUAACCAGAAAGACUAUAGCUAUUCGAAGGCCAAAAUAUGGGGUGAAAAGUAUUUCAAAAGCAACUUCAAGAGGUUAGCUAAAGUGAAGAGUAUGGUUGAUCCCGAGAACUUUUUCAGAUACCAACAAAGCAUUCCACCUUUUACUACUCCAGGAAUGACAAAUUUAAUCGAAGAAGCAUGGCCGAGCACUUACAUUCCAUCUGAAUUACAGGUAUUCUGAUGUGAUCUUCUUGCAAAUGUAUCCCACAUAGGCAAAAGUGAGUACAAAUGUACUCUGGAUGAAAAAUUUGAACUUGGUGAGUUCAAAGUUAAGUUCUUACCGUUGAAUUCAUUGUACUUUUAAAAUUAUGGGUUCAGAAUUUAAUAUUUGUUGAAAUAUUAGUACUCAAUUUUUUGCACGUGUAUUUAUAGACUGGUGUCAAAAUAUUGAGAUAGUCAAGUAUAUAAAAACCUGGAUCCAUUUCUUAUCAUUAAUGUAAAAAAAUAACGUUUGGACAUUUUGAAACAGUGGAUUUAUUUACAUUGAUUUAA